AAUAUUCAAUUUUACACGUCUAAUUUUAUGUAAAAAGAGUCAACGAAUGAUUUCUGAAUAUCGGAUUUUGUUUGGGGGCGAGAUCGUCGCUUUUGAUUGGAGACGCCGAUUAAAAUCCGAAAUUUGACCGACUCCGGCACGAUAAGGUCACUAGAACUUGCUUUGGAAACGUGCAUUAUCAAAGAGUGCUGGAAAACGUUCGAAAAGACAUGGAUAAGCACGAGAUUGCACCGGAUGUCAUCGACUCUGUACCGUCACAAGAAGUUAAGCUAAAGUAUGGUGACUUGGCUGUCAACAAGGGUAAUGUGCUGACCCCAACCCAGGUUCAAAACCCUCCAACCCAUAUUUCCUGGCCAACAGAGCAAGGUGCUUUUUACACUCUGCUAAUGACAGAUCCGGAUGCGCCAAGACGCAGUGACCCCAAAUUCCGAGAAUGGCACCACUGGCUUGUGGUCAAUAUCCCUGGCUGUGAUGUAAGCAAGGGGAUGACUGCCGCUGAGUACAUUGGCUCGGGUCCACCUAAGGGAACUGGCCUCCAUCGUUACAUUUUUCUUGUGUACAAGCAGCAAGGGCAGAUUACAUAUUCUGAUCCUAUCAGAAAGAUGAGUGCGGAAGGGCGUGGUGGGUGCAAAGCUAGAGACUUGGCUGCCAAGUACAACCUUGGGUCCCCUGUGGCAUGUAACUUGUAUCAAGCUGAAUAUGAUGACUAUGUACCAAAGCUAUACAAGAAGCUUAAGUAAACCGGUUGUCAUGACACAUGUUAACAAGCUUAAAAAGUAGUUUUGAUAAAAGAACAACAGCUAUGUUACAUCACACUACAAGCUUUAGUUAGAAUGUCUCCAUGGCAUUUAGGUUUAUGAGCUUUCAAGUGUUGAUGUCACCAUGACUACUUUAGUAGAAAGCGAAACUGUUUGAGAACCAUAGUGGCAGAAGACACAAUAAAAAGUAGUCAGCAAACAAGUUAACGAAAGCACAGAAUGUUAAACAAGGACUGACAACUAUACAAUUAAAAAAAGAAUAGUAUCA